AUGAGCUUGUUACUAACAUCCCUUUGUUUGGUACGGUCGUCUUCACUGGUGGUUCGGUCCAACAUUGCACGAGGGUCAUCAACAUCAUCAUCAACUACAAGACUAUUCUCCAUUUCAACAUCGGAUGUCAACCUGGGUGUUUCUCGAUUGGAAACACUUCAAACAUUAUUAUCGAAACACGGAGCUCCAGGAAGUAAAGGCUGCAACACUGCAGAUGAUUUGGAACCAAUCACCCUGGAUAUCGCGACAGAAGCCCCAGACGAGACUCCCGAGUUGGUAUCUUCACUCAUGGGUAUCGACGAACUCAAGGAUCUUCACCCACAUCUCUAUCCAUUGGCGAGAUCAAAGACUAGUGGAAAUUUAAUAUGCGCCCUUCGGCGUGCUUAUGCCGAUGACGCUAAUGAAUGGUAUGCCAGCUCAUCCAAUGCUCCAUGGCCCAUCGUUGAAGCAAAGGUUGGAGGACCAGGCAUGAAGCUGUUAGCAUUGAAUAGCGAGCAUUUGAUGAGAAGAAUCGUUUGCGAAUGUGACUUUGAAGGAGACAACGAAAAUAUUGUGGAGUUGUACAAUAAGGGUCUUGGACAAAGUGCGAUUGCUGACAAGACUCUUGAUACUCCCUACGAAGCUGGUUCGGUUGAAAAGCUUGGAUAUGGAGUUGACAAGUAUGUUUUGCUUCGGGUUGGACCUUUCCCAGACAUUUACGAAACCCUAGCACUUGGACAUGCUGAACGUGGAGACGAAUCAUCUUCUUUGAUUUCCGCCGAAGCUUCAAACAGCAAGAUCUCUGGGUUCGGUUCUGGGUUCUUGUUUUACGCUAGGCUCUUGUCUUCUUUCCCCAAUCGCGAAGAAGAGACGCGGGAUGCCGCUCGUAUGUGCUUGAGAUUGCCAUUGCCUUCCAUUGGCAUGACCAUUGAUGACUUUAGGGAAGCUGCAAUCCUUGGCCAAAUUGCUGAAGAAUCUGAUUCCAAUGAAGAGGUCUUGGCAAAGAUGCAGCGAAUGUACGAAAAGAUCCUAGAAUCGGAACGGGACGACCCUACUGGUCAACAAGGGAAAACACCAGAACAAGUUGCCUUCGAUGAGGCUAACUACAUUCUUGAUAAUGUAGCUCUCACAGGGGCCAAGUGGUCUGAUGCUCGGCCCAAGCUUGCUGAGAUAUACAGCUCUGUAGGCCGGGACGAUAUGGCAGCAUUUGUCAACCCAAACUAA